CCCAUGCAGAGUUAUCAUCGCAAUUGGAGGCAAAUAGUUUUCCCCGUCCUGUCCCUGUUGUCACUCUCCCUCGCCUGGCUACCACCUCUCCAGAAACGGCAAGUCACCCCACGGAGCGUACCACAACGUGCAAACUAUCGGGCCAAGAAGAACCUCAUAUACAAGAACCUGGAUAUCGAAACUGCCCGGUGGAAAGCUGGAGCAAUAGCAGCAUUCUGCAAGGCUGUCUUCACAGUGUGCAUUGCAUUUGCAAUCAACAACCAACUUGUCUCCGACGAGAACCAACCUUGGACAGUGCUAACAAAAUCUAUCGCCUGGAGAGAACACCCGGUUGAACUAGAAAACUUCCUGACCAAUCUGUGUGCUAGUUUCAUCGGAAUUCUUGUUGCUUAUGUAACCUGUAAGAUCUCUUUGGACGUUGGGGCUUUUGGCUUCCCACUCUUCCUAUCGGGACUGCUCUGCAUCUUGAUCCUAGCGAUCGGAGACAUCUGUGGCUUCUUCCAAACCGAACAAGCUUUGUCCCUUGUUUCCAGCUGUAAAAGCAAAAGUGACAAUAUCACUUAUACUUUCAUAGCUACCAUCUGUCUUAUUCUGGCUGAGAUCCUUGCCUCCUGGUACAUCAUUUUACAAGCGGACACAAAUCUUUUGCCGAAAGAUUCAGCGAUAUUCCUAAUGCCUGGCUACAAUGGUGUCAUGCUUGAAGAAUGGAUCGUGCUGAACCGACAUCGUGAGCCAGAAUCCUCCCCUAUAGACUUCAAAGAGAGGGUAAAGAACAGCAAGAUCUACAUAUGUACCACCAUGUACCGAGAGGCUGAUUACGAAAUGAAGCAACUUCUGGAAUCCAUCAACAGAGUAAACGUGGCACAAUUUGAAAGCAUCAGGCAUUUCGAAUCCCACGUCUUUUUUGAUGGAGGUGUCAAGGGUUCAAAACCAACAGAAUUUGCUCUCCAGUUGCUCUCCUUACUGCCAUCAACUUUAGAUAUUUCUCCCAAGAACUGCAGACAGUUGAAGACCCCAUAUGGAAUAUGUCUGAAAUGGAAGCUACCAGCGCCUGGGGGUAAGAACAGAAUGAAAUUCUGUAUCCACCUCAAAGACAACUUGAAGGUGAAGAAUAAGAAACGAUGGAGCCAAGUAAUGUAUAUGUCAUAUGCUCUGGAUUACUUGCUGAAAGAACAACACGUUUCAGAGAAUUCUGAGGGUUUCAUCCUGACCACAGAUGCUGAUGUGUUUUUCACCCCCGACUCAGUGGAAGCUCUCCUUGAUCUGAUGACUCGCGAUGAAUCUGUUGGAGCGGUGUGUGCCAGAACGCACCCUCUUGGCUCUGGGCCCCUCAUUUGGUAUCAGAAGUUUGAGUAUGCCAUUGGUCACUGGUUUCAAAAGUCUGCUGAAGACAUUCUAGGUUCUGUUCUCUGCAGUCCUGGUUGUUUUAGUGUAUACAGAUGUGAUGCCAUUAUGGAUGUGUUACCAACGUAUUCCACUACAGUCAAUGAGGCUUUCGAUUUCCUCAUCAAAGACAUGGGAGAAGAUAGAUGGUUUUGCACAUUAAUGUUGCAGAAUGGCUGGCGAAUUGACUACUGCGCAGUUGCCACCAACAGCACUCACUGUCCCGACGGCUUUGACGAGUUCUUCAAACAGCGCCGUCGUUGGAUUGUGUCAACCAUUGCCAACUUGAUCCUGGUCGUCAAAGAAAGUCGACUCAUGAUGAAAUUCAACAGACACAUCUCCGUUUUCUUCAUCAUCUAUCAGUUUGUUUUGCUUCUGGCCACAGUCAUUGGCCCAGCCACUGUUAUUCUGGUUGUCUCAGGUGGUCUCCAAUACGGUUGGUCAAUAUCUCCAACAUACAGCAUCAUAAUCCAAUAUGUUUGCAGUGCUCUCUUCAUCAUCAUCUGUCUCAGCACCUCUGGCGAUUUCCAGUUGAAGGUUGCCAAAAUUUUCACUUUCAUCUAUGCCAUCAUCAUGACAGUAGUUACCAUAGGAACAAUAGUACAAGUUGUAGAUGACCUCAACAAAGAUUAUGAUCCAGAUUCCAACAUACCACCUGUGUCCAUCAGUGACAUUUACCUUUUUGCUCUAAUCGCAAUAUUUGUGUUGUCCUCACUGUGUCACCUCCAAGAGAUCACAAACCUACUCAAUGGGGUCUGGUACCUUCUCUGCCUUCCCACGGGAUACCUCGUGCUUAUUAUGUACAGCAUAUGUAACCUCACCGACAAAUCAUGGGGAACAAGAGAGGACAGUUCAGCGUCAGCAGGCAAAGAAACAGCAUUCCUGAAAUCAUGUUUCAACAUGUUGAAGUCCAUUUUUCCCUGUUGUAGGUCAGGAGAGAACAAGUCGGGCAGUGGGUCCAUCAUCCAGCCCCCUCAUACACCAACUUUGCUAAAACCAGGUGGUGAGGACAUACUAAGCACCUCAGAGAUCGAAGUUAGUAUCACCAUGGAUGGAGACACGAAACAUGAUGCGGUUGAUGGUCAACUUCUUCCUGUUGAAUAUGGUGUAAAAGUCAUACCAGUGCAGGAAUGGUUACCAGACAGCUUUAAGGAUCUCUAUUCCAAGUAUUUCAUGCGGAAUGGCUAUGAUGACACACGAUUGAUAAGUGGCAUGCAUGAAAAGGAACUGGUGGACAUUGGGAUCAAGUCGAAGGGUCACCGGCAGUAUUUGAUGGACAUGAUAAAGCUGUUACCAGAUUUUGAACCAGACACUGAAGUACCGGAAUCAGCCCUGAUAUGGCUACAGAAUAUUGGUUUAUCGAUGUACCAGGAGAACUUCAAACGGAACUGCAUCAUUUUCCGCAGAGACAUGGCUGUACUGAAGACCAUGAGUACGUUUGACAUCAAAAGAGAACUGAAGAUUAUCAAAAAAGGACACAUAAAGAGGUUACAGCUGGCCAUCAAGAAACUCCUGGACCCAACUGAGGCUGAACGGACGAAGAUGCAAAUCAAGCGCGACCUCUCCAUGACUCGCAUGGUUAAUCUGGAAGAGGAGAAUCCAGUAGAGGAUGACUUUUGGAAGGAACUUGUCCAUGAGUGUCUGGAUCCAUCAUCAGCUUUCAGUAGAGAGGACGAACUGAAAGGUAAACUAGGAGAACUGAGGAACAACUGGACACUAGUGAUUGCGGUCAGCAACACCAUCUGGCUUGUCCUUCUGGCUACAAUGGCAACACAGGCCAAUCUUGCUGUUUACAGUUCAAAUCCACUGGGAUUUGUCUUCCUCGCAGUCUUCGGGUUCAUCUUUGUGCUGCAGUUUCUCUGCAUGCUGUUCCACCGCAUGGGGACGCUUAUGCAUCUGAUCGCACGGUCCCCUUACAAGUUCGGCGCCGGUUUCAAAACCAGUUGGUCAUUUUCGGACAAGCGACUUCGCCGCAGGAACAACCAGGACAGAAGUGAUUUCGAAACGGAUAUCACGACGGGGAAACGAAUCCGGGAUUUCGAAAACUCCCAAAGACAAUUAGAAAAUGUGGUAUUCUCUCCCUGAUGAAGUUCUAAGAAGUUUAGAAACUAGUCAGAUAAACCCUAUUACUUCUGGAGGCAGAGAGAUAACCUUGAGUUGUAACUGCAUUGCUUAUGUUUCACCACAGGGAAGUUAAAUUGUAUAUUUGUUAUAAAGGCUUCGGGCUUCAGUUUAUUCAAAAUGUCAAUUUGAACAGCACUAUUAAUUUAUAUGUACGUAGAUGUGUGUGUGAGUUUGUAUGUAUGCACUCAAGUACACACAAACACAACACACACACACACACACACACACACACACACACACAUACACGCACACACAUAUACAUUUAAGGAUGUAUACACAAGCAUAUAUGCAUAUCUCCGUACUUAACCAGCCAAUGAAGCAAAGCAACUACAUUACAUAUAUCUUUGUAUUAAUGUAUAGAAUAAAUUUUUUUUUUUUUACAUAACUUUAACAUAAAUUAUCAUAAUUUAACAUUAAUUACAAACCCC